AUAUAUUUUGUAUAAAAUAAACCACAAGUAGGAUGGCGGAAGUAGGAACUUUUUUAGUUGUUACGAAAUCGCACUUUGACAAUCGCUUUCACAUAGUAGCAUUUGAUGGUCAGAAACUUUUUGAUAUAAACCUGCAAGAUGAUUAUGUGAACGCUAUACAGCCGGGUAAAAUCUAUCAAUUUAAUGUUAUGUAUCAUGAUCGUAAUCCAACUUCAAUCGCAUCAAAGAUAAUCAGUGUGCAAGGGCAACCAAAGCCCAUUAAAAUGCCUCCUUUUGGCAUGUUCAGUGCGCUUGGAAAAUUGGCCUACACUGACUUUCAUGAUAUGUUUAAGGUGUCAUCCGAGGAACCAUAUCUAGACGCCGGAAGUAAUAUCCCUCCGCCAAAAGCAUAUCUUUGCAAAGGAGACUUCUUAAAAAAACAGAUAAUGCCUGAUGGGAAAACGAGAUGUCUUAUCAGCCUAGAUAGUCGAGAAAUGAACCUGCAGUAUGCUGGAUAUGGCAUAAACGGUGUCCAUUUGGAUAGCUUUGAUGGAUUACCAACCGAGUAUGAUCCGAACUUAGCAUGGCGCACAUAUACAAUCCUAUUCCUUGUAGCAGAUCCAAUCACCGGCUCAUGGUAUGGUCCAAGAAAUUACAUCAUUGUGGCUGCAAUAUUUUAGUUUUCAUAACACCGAGGAAAACUUUUCAAAAUAUCUUUAUUCAUUUAAUGAAAAUUUAUUUUAUGAUUAAAUUUGAUAUACUAGUAUGCAUACUCAUGUUUAUUAUCUUUAUUGAGAUAUCUUGAUAAAACAUAGAUGUAAGGCAAUCUCUCUUCGUCGAACAUUCUUUUUGCUGUCCUACAUUUAAAUUAUGUUAAAAGUAAAAAGCAAAGCAACCUAUGUGGUGUAAACAUGUCCUGCAAGGUGACAUGGAAUAAUUGUCAAUGUAGCAACUUCUCAUAGAGACCAAAGACAAAGAUAUGAACAAUUAUAGGUCAUCAUAUGGCUUUUAACAAUGAACAAACAUUAGAACGUGUACAAAAGGUUCCUGUAGGACAAAAUGUGCAACACUUCAACAAAGAUAAACCCUUUAAUACGCAAUAAUGUAUAUAUCCAAUAAAACUGGUCAUUGCAUUAAUAUUAUAAUAAUUUUUGGACUGGAA